CUUAGCGCUCUAGCGGCGCGUGACCUCACCGAUAUCGGUCUAUGGUUGCGAGGCACGAGCAGUGGAUGGCAAAGUAUGGACGCACGUACAGUGACGUGUCUGAGAAAGCACGUCGGUUGGAGGUCUUUAAGGCCAACGUGGCGUUCAUAGAGUCAGUGAACGCUAGGAACGACAAGUUCUGGCUUGAGGCCAACCAAUUCGCAGAUAUCACCAAUGAUGAGUUCAGGGCCAAGCACACUGGUUAUAAACUGCCGGUGGGUGGUAGCAAGGACCGGAGGAUGACAGGGUUUAGGUACGCGAACGUCAGUCUUGACACUCUCCCGACUUCCGUGGACUGGAGAACCAAAGGAGCUGUCACUCCCGUCAAGGACCAAGGGAAAUGUGGGUGUUGCUGGGCAUUCUCCACGGUUGCAUCCAUGGAGGGAAUUGUGCAGCUGAGCACCGGCAAACUGAUCUCUCUAUCAGAGCAAGAGCUCGUGGACUGUGACACCUCGGACAAUGGAUGUGGGGGUGGGCUCAUGGACAAUGCCUUUGAAUUCAUCGUGGAGAACGGUGGCCUAACCACCGAGGCCAACUACCCAUACACUGGUACCGACGGCACCUGCAACUCCAACAUGGCGUCCAGCUCUGCUGCGUCCAUCAAGGGGCACGAGGACGUUCCAGCCAACGACGAGGCUUCGCUGCAGAAGGCGGUGGCGGCACAACCAGUGUCCGUGGCCGUUGACGGAGGAGACAGCCUCUUCCAGUUCUACAAGGGUGGUGUGCUAUCAGGUGAUUGCGGCACAAACCUCGAUCACGGUGUUGCUGCUGUCGGGUAUGGUGUGGCUGACGAUGGUACGAAGUUCUGGGUGAUCAAAAAUUCGUGGGGCACGUCAUGGGGCGAGGAUGGGUAUAUCAGGCUGGAGAGGGACAUUCCCGACAAGCAAGGCAUGUGUGGUGUCGCAAUGCAACCUUCCUAUCCGACGGCUUGA